AUGAAAGUUCUUUUGCAUCUAGCAGAAGAAGAUGCAAGCUGGUUAUAGUGGAUAAACUAAACUUAAUUUCAGAAUGAAGGCAAAACCUAUAAGUAUGGCAUUUUGUUAAUCAUUUUAGAUUUAAAUGUGUUAAAUAUAUAUUGAAAUUGUUAAAAGUUAUCAAAAGAUGA